GAAAAAAGGGUGGAAUUGGGUUUAGACUGUAGAAGUAAUAAUCAAAGGAUAAAGUCGAGUAAGCUGAGAUUGAAUUGAAUUUUUUAUUUUUGUGUUUGGGGUCUGGGGAGAGUUUAUCGUCGACGCUGUGUCAUUUUAGCGAACAGAUAGCAGGAAGUGAGAAAAUGCAAAACUUGAGGAAUGCUAUUUUGAGCUACAUGAGAGUCGGGAUCCCUGUGAAAGGGCCCUUUGUUCAAAAAGGGCUGAAUGGACGUUGUGAGUUGCUGCGAGCAUGCAGCACCGCUGCAAAUAUAAACCAGGAUCAGAUAAUGGAUCGAGUUAUUGGGCUGGUGAAGAAAUUUGACAAAAUUGAUUCUGCUAAGGUUACAAAAGAUGCUGAUUUCCAAAAGGACUUGAGCCUCGAUAGCCUGGACAGAGUGGAACUCGUCAUGGCUUUUGAGGAAGAGUUCUGUAUCGAGAUACCUGAUGUGGAGGCGGAUAAGCUCAAAUCUUGCACGGAUGUUGCUAAUGAAAGCAUGUCUGCAGGGAGAGCUCUUCGGGAGGUGAAGAACUUUAACCUGGCAUAUCUUCUCCAGAUUGGGGAUUGCAUGGAGAUGAGAGGGGAGGUCGAUUAUGAACUGGCCGUGGCCGUUGCUGCUACCUCUCACCCACGAUCUCUUCGUCUUCCCACUUCUUCCGCAGAAAACAGCCACCGUCGCACCUGAGGUUGGUAGAUAGGCAUCUAUCAAUUAACAGAUCAACUGAUAACUUGACCCCUUGGACUUGUUGAUGUUAACACAAUAUUUUCUUCCAAUUAAUUGAAACAAGUUUAAUCAA